CCUCGCGUUAGGACCCGGGGGCGAGGCUUGGGCGGGCUGCCGGUGUGGGCGGAGCUGACUCAUAGUGUACUCUCCCGGGAGGAGACAACAGUGACCAGACCGAAAAAGCGGCGGACGCCUCGGUACCGUGAGGACCUCUUAGGGCUGACAGGAGCUGGGGCUGCGGAUCGUUCUCAACAAGAAGUGCGAGUUCAUAGGUCUCUAGAUCCAGAGGAGAAACAUCCAGACCUGAUGCUGAGGUCAUCACCCCAUCCAGGACUUUGAUCUUGAUGUUCCUACUAGAGUGGACCGCACGUAUCAAUGUGUCCAAAGCUCUUCACGUGAUUCCGACAUGCAGCCAAGGAUGCGAAUCCCUACGAUGUCUCCAACUAGGGCCCUUCCAGCAGUACCAAGGAAGGCAGGCUCGUGUGCGCUCAAACCGUCGAAGUCGGCCGGCUGCCCAGUUAAACAGCCGUGUAUCCUGAGCUUUCCUCUUCCGGCGCAAAAUGUGCACAUACACUGCCUCAGGCCCAGCCUCGUCCUAGAACCAAAUUCUGCGUUUCUCCGACCCAAAUUUCAGAACCAAAUCCCUGAAAGUGGACACGUUGAAGCAGUAAAAAGCCUCUUCCCAGCGCCGGGAGACUCGUCGUUCUCGGUCUUCCGGCGGUGAAAACCAAGGGUAGGGACCGGCCCCAAAGAUCAGACACGUUUCCUUCCGAGGACCCUUCCAUCGGAGGACUGGAGGGACGCGACAUCACACGUGGGCAGUACUUCCAGGGUCCUCCUAUAAGUCUCCCCUACAUCCACAAAUGUUCCCUCGCUAGGCCACAGCAACCGGAACGCUGUGACCGACUCGCUUUAGAGCCGUCAGCCCCUUUCCCAGAAGCGUGCGCUUGCGCAGAAUUUCAUAUUGGAGCGCGCCGACCCCUGAGACUUCUGGGGGUUGGAGUCUGUGAGAAGGCCGAACAUUGGGAGCGCAGACGUCAGAGCCUUUGCGCAGGCGCAUUGCUUUCCCGAACUGAAGAGGCGCCGUCUUCCUGGGUCCCGAGCACUCUGUGCCGGAGGAUUCUACCCUUUUCUACAAGGAGAGCACACAGGAGGGAAUGGCUGCUGUGUCUCCGAUUGCCAGAUGCCAGGAAUCAGUAACAUUCGAAGAUGUGGCCGUGAUUUUCACAGAUGAAGAGUGGAGGCAUCUAGUCCCUAUUCAGAGGGACCUCUACAAGGAGGUGAUGCUGGAAAACUAUAAGAGCAUUGUCUCAUUGGGACUUCCAGUUCCUCGACCUGAUGUCAUUUUUCAGUUGAAGAGAGGGGAUGAGCCUUGGGUAGUUGAUCUUCACGGAUCUGAGGAGAGAGAAUGUCCAGAGAAUGUCUCUCUAGACUGGGAGACUAAGCCUGAGAUUCAUGGUGCUUCAGAAGAAGAAUCAGAAGGAACAGCGAGGGGAAAGCUUGGAGGAGAAGUUCCUGUGUGUCCUAAAUUUGAAGCCCAUGCACUGGAGGGUGAGCUGGAAGCAGGGAAGGAGAGCCCUGCCGUCCAGACCUGUAAGAAGUCCCUUUCCCAGAAGGAAAGCUUGCAGCAAGGGUCUACUCCUCUCAAGAAAAUUCUCAUUAAAGAGAGAGACCAGGAAUGCAGCCACUGUGGGAAGACCUUUUUUGACCACUCAUCCCUUAUCCGGCACCAGAGGACUCAUACUGGAGAGAAGCCCUAUGACUGUCACGAGUGUGGGAAGGCUUUCAGUCACAGGAGCAGUCUCAGUAGACACCUGAUGUCUCACACUGGGGAGAGCCCCUACGAAUGCAACGCGUGUGGGAAGGCCUUUUUCGACCGGUCGUCCCUAACUGUGCAUCAGCGAAUUCAUACCGGAGAGAAGCCCUUUAAAUGCAGUGAGUGUGGAAAAGCCUUCUUUGACCGUUCAUCCCUUACUCGUCACCAGAGAAUCCAUACCGGAGAAAGCCCGUAUGAAUGUACUCAGUGUGGGAAAGCCUUUAGCCAGAAAAGUAUUCUUACUCGACAUCAGCUCAUCCACACUGGCAGGAAGCCUUAUGAAUGUAAUGAGUGUGGGAAAGCCUUCUAUGGUGUCUCAUCACUGAACAGACAUCAGAAAGCUCACACUGGAGAGCCUCACUAUCAGUGCAGUGAGUGUGGGAAAGCUUUCUUUGACCGCUCAUCUCUUACGCAGCAUCAGAAGAUUCACACUGGAGACAAGCCAUAUGAGUGCACCGAAUGUGGGAAAGCCUUUAGCCAGAGAUGCCGGCUUACCAGACAUCAGAGAGUGCAUACAGGAGAGAAACCCUUUGAAUGCAGCGUGUGUGGGAAAGUGUUCAGUUCUAAAUCGUCCGUUAUUCAACAUCAACGGCGUUAUGCCAAACAAGGAAUAGACUGAGUCGGGUAAAAGCUUUAGUCAAAGGAUCUCCAUAGAAACUCAAGAUAGGUCUUCCCCAUCAUAAGCAAAUCCAUUCUUUGAGCAUUCUACCUAUUCUGGCUACUACAGUGUGAAUAAACAUUCUCUACCUGCCAGGUCAUAGAACUGAUGAGGGAUGCCGGAAGUUAAGAUGUGACUCUAAAGGGUCAACAUUGUGCGGAAGUUUGUCAGACAACAGGAUAAAUGUUAGGAGGUGAUCCUCAGACAUGCCUCUUGUCUGAGGCCCCAGGUAUCACUGCACUUUAAUAAUGGGAGGCUCGAACAGGAGGGAAGGCAAAAUUGGAGCAGCACUGUUGUUUCCAGAACAGUUCUUUUUGUAGCUGCAUCCCUUUCUCUGGGAGCUAUUUUGGGCGCUGACCUUGUCCUUUGUGUCCCAGCUUUUAGGUUCCUUUCUACUACUACUGCUACGACUACGAGUACUACUACGACUACUAGCUAGCACUUAUUGAGCGCUUAUUAUGGGAUAAGCACUCAGCGGAGAGUUUGGCAAAGAGUAGAUUAUUGGUCCUUUCACCAACCCUAUGAAGUAGAAGUAGGUACUGUUACUAUCUUCAUUUUACAGAUGAGAAAGCUAAAGUUGAGAGGUUUAAAUAAUUUUCCCAAAGUGACACAGCUAGUAAAAGGUGAAGCUAAUCCUUGAAGUCUACCUUCAAAGUCUCUUCUCUUAACCAUUAUGCUAUAUGGUUUGUUUAAUAAUUUAUGUACAUCUAUUAUCUCCUCAACUAGAUUGUAAGCACUUGGAGGCAUGACUUAUGUGUCUUUGCAUCUCACACAGUGCCUUGCACAUAAUAGGUGCUCAAUAAAUAUUUAUCUGAAUUAAUGACUUUUCUACUUACCAAGUUCUCUCUGUUUAAAACACCUCUUGGAUGUACAUCCUUUCUCUGAAUUUUCCAUCUAGCCUACACCUUUAUCCUCUCAGGCUCCCAUUAUUGUGGUAGUCAUUUCCUAAUUUGAAUUCUUCCCCCCUCAUUGUUGAACAGGGGUGUGCUAAGUGCCAUAAUAAGUAAGUCCCCAGCUGAAGAUUCCUGUCUCACAUAAAAUCUGAUGGGAGGCAGUCUGUCUUCCUCGAUCCUCAUCAUUUAGAACAUGUUACCUCUAAGGUUAUCAUGAAAGUGAAAGCUGGAAGGUAUUUUAGGAUAUUUUUAAGGGCCAUCACUUGUGUCCACAUCUCAUAAACCAGAACCCAGCACCAGAGGCUAGGAAAGUAAACAAGCACCUCAAUAUUUGGGUAACAUCACAAGCUUCUGCCACAAAUUACAUUUUGCACAUUACUGACAUUUUGCACAUUACUCUUAGACCAGUCUUUCUAAAUAACCCCUUCCUGCUCAUCAUUGCCUUACUCAAGACCUAAAAUAGCUCCCUGUUUAAUUAAAGCUUCUCUGAAUAUUUAAGGUCUGCCUUGAUGUGAUUCCACAUCACUGAACUUGAAGUUCUGACUCCUAAAACUCUUCUAUGCCCUGGGCCAAGCCCUAUAUUUUUAUUUUAUUAAAGGUCAGGCACUAGGCAGCUUUGACUCUAGGGAUCUGCACUCCCUCCCUAGUUGCUUGAGGUGAAGCCUGGAAGAGGACUUGAUUCUAAAAGGCUGUCUGGAAUUUAGCUUACCUGCAUGAAUCCCAGCAGACCAAGAUGCAUUUCUUCUGAGAGGUAAAGUCAGAUUUAAGAAAAUGGAUUGCCAAACAGACCCCCCAAACUACUAACAACCCUAUUUGUCCACCUUUCUUAAAGCAGAUAAGUGACAGGGAAGACUUUUCACGUGUGGACUCUUGGAGCAACUUGAAAAACACUUCAGAGAGUGCAGAAUCUGAUAUAUUAGAGUGGAUAAUAUCUGGUAUUAUUUAAUAAUGUCAAGUAGAAAAUAAAAGGGUU